UCGCGUAGCAGACGACGCUCGCAUACGUGUUGCAGACGAUAAUUGCUAAUUCUGGGUCCUCAGGCGAUAGCGAUACGUGUUUCAUCUCGACUUCUCCCGCUCAUUCACUACGCCGACCUCUUUCCUGCAUUUUUUCCGAGUAGAAGCGAGUCUUAUGCACGCCGUUUACUCACACUUUUUCCAUCUCCUCCUUUCAGAGUCGAUUCACCCUCGUUCGGUGAGACCUUUAUUUAAAGUACCCCGAGUGGCCGCUGAUCGUUCAGAGUCUUUCGGCCUGCUCAUCUGAGGAGUUCGCUUGUACGCUUGUUCUCGAACGCAAGACAGCGUGGUUUUCUACAGUCUCGUUGAGGUUGUGUGUCUAAUUCGUGCGCCAUCAUGAAGACCUGCGUGUGUUCCCGCUUUUUCGGACUUGUGCUCCUGGCCGGUGUAAUCCUUGCGACUACGGUAGCAGCGGAGAUCAGUGCUUACACUGACUACUAUCUGGAGGACCACUGCUCGUCGUCCAGAUCGGCAGACCGCUACCGGGCUCGCACCGAGGCGCAGUCCAUCUCUUUCCGGCUCAAGUCUCCAAUGCAGGAAAAGCUGGACGAGCGAGGAUGUAGGGCUGGCCUGAGCUUCAGCACGCUGAACGAGACGUACGGAUUCCUCGUCACGCCUGUGUCCAUCGACAUCCCACGAGGACCCACGAACUCCUGCGUCAACUUCAUCUGGUUCGACGGCCUGGCCGAAGACGAGCUGAACGGCAAGCGUCUUUGCGGCGACAGCUUUCCCAAGAGCAGCGCGAUUCGCACCAAGGGAGACCGCUUCACCAUCUGGUGGUCUUCAGAACCCAGCAGGGACGCUGACCGCCAGGCCUCCUUCAACGUCGUCAUUGCCUCCUACGUCAACCGAUCGUCCGAAGCCGAGUGUCCGGCGUCGUGGCGUCGCUGUGACAACGGUGCCUGCAUCGAACCCCUGCUGUGGUGCGACGGCAUCGACAACUGCGGCGACAGCAGCGACGAGACGGAGGACAACUGCGCUCCCAGCACAAUACUGUCCAUCCCUGGAAUCGUUAUCAUCGCUGUUAUCGUGGUCCUAGUCAUCAUCGCUAUCGGAGUCGUUGUUUACGUCUGCAAGCGGCGUCGUGCCUACCGCGCCACGUAAACAGCGAUGACGCCUUCGGGGGAGAUAAAAGAUGGCUCCAAGGGGACACCCUCCGCAGUUGACGUCACACCUGCGAAGCUCUGCACUUAUCGCUCCAGUCUGUUGUCACUUCCGGUAUGAUGGACACGGCCGAGCAGACGGCAGCGAAGUGUAGCAGACGACACAAUUGUAUAAGUACAGUCAGUGCGGAGGGGGGAACAGUAGAGAAGUAGUUGAAGCCGAAACCAUAUGUGUGUACAUACCAAGUCAGAACUGUGAAUCUCCCACUAUCAAUCCAUGUGAAGACAGGUUUUCAACUUAACGCGAGGAAGACUUCGCGCUGGUUCGUGACGUCAUAUUCUCGUCUAAAGUUGUUCUUCGUGUCAAGAAGUUAAGGAAAUGCACGCUUUGACCAGCACGUCGCGCAAAGGAAAGUAGUAAAACUGGAACAUUCGUUGUGAUAGCGUCUGUUCCAAAGAAAGUACGCGCGAAGACAGGAUUUCAACACUGAUAUUCACUCUGGCCUCAGGCUCGAUCUCGUUUUAGUAAACAAUCUAACUUCCGUAUGUCUUCAAUCGAAGCACCGUUUACGGUUGCUACGUGAAACGCGCUAUUCAAAAGAUAUACUUCGAUGUAUAGCGCUCGGGCACGUUUUAAUUAAGAAGAAACAACCUCCGAUUCAGGGCUGUAGCCGAAUCUUUCAUAGAAUGAGUAGGCGAGACGAAAGGAAUUCCAGGUGCCCGGUAAUAGGUGACCGUCCACGUCCGUUAGUGACUCACGUUGACCGUUUCGAACGUACGCAGUCUCGAUAUGACCGGCCAGUGAGUCACUUCGUUUACGUCACGCGACACUCCAAGUCACCGGAAGUCACGAAUCGUUUCCCUCUCGACCCACGUGUAGGGAUAAUGACUGCGCAUGCGUUCACUUUUGUUACAUGUCAAGGCACUUGAGUCAUUUCCGUUACACCGUGCAUCAUCCUUCGUAGUCAUAUAGGCACUCCUAGGAAACUGAUUGAGUAAUCAAAUCUAGAUGUGGGAGAAUAUCUAGGUAUCUCAUAUAGUCACUUGACUCACAUAACUCAGCAUAUACAUAUAGUCACCUGGACUACGCAGUACGGCGACUUGUAAUUGGGUUUCGUUAAACCAUUAAGGCUUUGUUUUAAAAUAUAUGGAGGUCUGACGAGCGGUCUUAAACAAAAAGUCAAAUGUCUAUCAACGUAUUACGUGCGAAACACUCCUUGUAUACUGUGUAUUGAAUGUCUUUUUUGUUGUGACUAAGUGGUUCCUUCGUUUUUAUAAGCCCUGUCACACGGCCCGCAAAAUUGGCAGCUCGAAUAAUUUCGGCUCGUAACUUCACCGGCGUCACACUUUCCGGUGCUGCAAGCCACGCCUUUUACACACUGUCGCAUUUUAAGUUAAGGCUUUGUAAGUUAAAACCUGGCAAGUUAAGGCCUUGUAAGUUAAGGUUUAUAUCUCUAACUGCCCGUUUCGCGGACCAUGUGGCAUGGUCGUUAAUCGUACUCUUUUGUACAUUGUUCGUGUGUUUCCUUUCUUGUCUCGUGUACAACUCCAUUGUACGAUGCCAGUCUCGUGCAAACUCAAGCGCACCAACUUGUACGGACGUUCGAAGUCAUUCCAAUGUCCGUAAGUUCUGAAACGCGCGUUUAAGGCGGGUUAUUGUUAUGUACAUAUACACAUUUGCCCACUGUUUUCUAUUCCCUGUACUCAUUUUAACGAAUGACUUUUAACCAGUGUAGAAUCAUAUCAUACCCCUUUAAAGCAUCGUUUUUAACAACGAUCAACUUAUCAUCACUUUCCGCAAGGGGCAUUCUCGGGCAUAUAUACCCAGGCAUCCACGUCACACCUGGAUCGAGCUUAGUAGUGAUUAACUAACAGGACACAGUAUGUUCUCAUAGUUAACCACGUCGUUCGCUUGUGUAAAAGUGUGAUUGGUAUGGUUGGUGGUUGUAUAGUCAAUAUUUACGAAGUGUCGCGAAUGAAUGUGUUUGUCAGUCUCAUACGCUAAGUCGUUGCACGUUAUAGCAUGUGUUGAAUGGUUAUAACGAGAUCUGUAGCUCGCGAACGGCCAACCUGUCACUCAUCGUAUGAAUCCACCCGUAAUUCUCGAGUUGCCAUAAUCAGACCUUCCUGUGCUAAAGCACCAAGCGUGAAACCCUACGCUGGCUUUAGCGCUUUCUUUUUAAUUUUUUUUCGUAGAUAUACUCUUAUCGCUUCUAGGUACCCUCACAUAGUCUCUUUUAUUUCACGUUGAUUUUGUUUGUGUUCUGUGUCACGCGUUGAAACAUUCUAUUUCCACAAUUUGUUCUGAGCUAUGCGUGUCCCUAAUGUUUCUGUUUCAUAGUUCGCAUGUAUGUCUUUGUGUUUGUAUCUCUUUUUUUUGUGUUGAGUGGGCUCCAUCUUUACGUAAUUGUGUAAGGCGUGUCAUAUUUAUUGAUUCCCUGCUGUCUUGUCCUGCGAUGAAACCAGCUGCUUUGCCUGCCAUUUCAACGCCUAAUAAAACCGUGGGCUGUACAGGUCAA